UCCAAACGAAAUUCCAAUCACUUGUUCUCGCUUGUUUAAAAGCGAUUUGAUCGAUUUAAAGAUUUUCUGGAUGAUCAGAAACGUUAGUUAGGUCAGUUUACCUAAGCAGAGAACAGGAAAUCCUGUUACGUUCGCGCGGAACGAAAUUUAGGGCACGCAGGAGGACCAGGUAACGGACGCGUGCCGUCUGUCGUCGAGCGAGACCGGCUCCUCGGGAGCGUUGACGAUCCUGAAGGACUACGACGUGGUCGAUCAAAGGCCGUCCGAGGUCGACGGGAACGAUUUGCCCCUCGAGGGAGUCCAGAUGCUGUCGGUCCAGCCGAAAGGCUCCUCGGCCAGCGGGACGGAGCCUAUCAAGCUGGCCAGAUCGAAGUCCGCGCCGACCGGCGAUCGCCGACCGGAAGAAGACGAGGACGCGUUCGCGGAUGUUCCCGGGGACUACGAAGCCUCGGAGGACAGGGACGACAGCCUGUACACGGAGUUCGGGGCUGCGGAGGGCGAGGCGAGCCUGAUCAGCUUCGACGAGGUGGACGAUUACGUGCCAAUCGGGCUCGAGAACAUUCUUCGGGGCAUCUGCGAGUGUCUGGAGCCGGCGCGCGAGCCCUCGAGAGGACCCACGCCGCCGCCGCCAGACCCCUUCGGCGAGUUCCUCGAGAGGAUGAAGACGGAGCAAAGCGAGGGCCGGCUGCCUACGGCGUUCAAAGUGCCGGGGAUCGGGGCUCCGAUCUGCAGCAACCAUGUCACCGCCGUCGCACUCUGGAUGACGGACUGUGCCCGGCGACAGCAAGGGUUGGUCGGCCCGAGGAACAUCACCCACUUCCUGUGCCCCGAUCUGCAAGCCACUUGCUUCGACGACGCCGAGGACUGAUCGCAUCGAUUUCGAGGAAAUUUUCGUAAUCCGUCGUUUCGAAAAUGUGUCGUAAUCCGGAA